UCCUACUUUUGCAGCAUGCCUCUGAUUGUUGAUUUACUAGACAGCAAGGAGUUGCUGGAGACUUGCAUUGAUGAGCCUAUUGCUAGUUUGACAGCAGGAGUUCCAGAAGAGGCAGAUCUUAGCUUUGUUCCUCCUGGCACAAAGGAGACAGCUGCUGAAAAAAUAGAUCCUGCUGCAUUCAAAGACACGUUGAAACUGAAACAUCUGGAGACAGAACCCAGCCCAAUGCCAGCGCCCUGCUCCAACAUAAACAUCAAUAUCAAUAAACAGGAUGAGGUGGUGAAGUUGACAGAUAAAUGUCUUAAUAAUGCAGUUGAGAGCCCAGUAACAACAUCAGAGCGUCUUCCUGCAGACAUAAAGAGCAACAUCCUGAAGGCCCAGGCAGAGGCAGUGCACAAGAUCACAAGAGAGGAUAGCAUGUCGGACAACAAGAAAACCAGUAUUCACGAUGCCACUGCCAGGGGCAUCCUGAUCUCAGGGAAAGCACAGAGCAGCCUCCUGUCAACCAACCCACUAUUUCAGGAAUCAAGAGAAGUGCUGAAAGAAAUCCCUGCCUCAAAUGCCUUCCUUCCUAAUGCAUUAGAAGAGGAUAAUGCCGCCUCUGCCCCCGAAGAAUCACUGGUUCCAGCUAUUCUGGCUCCAGCAGAGGAGACUGCAGUUUUAAAGAGCAGUCCAGAUGACCUUGAUAUUUUGUUAACAUCGCUGACGGAGAAUCUAAUUGACUUUACAGAAACCAUUCCUCGGGUGUCUUCCCAGCCCACAAUUACACCCAGGUGGAUCGUGCCAAGUGGGCAGAUUUCCAAUGGGCCUUUGGGGAAUGAUGUUGUUUUAGCUCUAAAGGCAGUGAAAGGCAGCGCUGAAACAUUGUCGCUCCCAGCUGGAUCUCCAUCAUCACAGCAGUCAGCUGAAAUCCUUGCAAGCCCCGUCACGGAGGAUCCUGCAAUAAAGCCGAAAUGUUUACUCACCACUGAACUCUGAGAGGAGGGAGCUUCAGUGCUUCCAAUCUGCUGAAAACUCAAACCUUCUAGCAUCUUCAAGGAGCCCUUUGGAAGGACCUACCUGGGAUUAAGCUGUUGCUGGAUGUGGCCACAAAUGACCAGCUGCUUUGCUGAGAAUCUGGAGGGAAACUUUCAUCUUCAUUACAGUUUAGCUAGAACUAUAAUAUAAACUAGGAUGUAAAGCUCCAAGGAUGCACGAGCUUCUCCCUCAGGAGAGAUGAAGCACACGCUGGAACUAGUUCUGGGCAUGAAUAACGAAAUCUAGGAGUGUUUCAUCCAUAUUUGACUUAGUCUCUACCUUUUACUGCUUCAUAGAUGGGAAGUGCUCACUCUGAUAUCAGCCCACUAGCUUUGUGAAAAUUUGUGUCCCAGAGCUUCAUAACUUGACACUUGGAGAAAUUAGAAGAACUUCUAGGGCCAGCAGCUGAUUAUGAAUAUAAAUGAUGACUAAUAGCGAUAAUGGUAAUUUUAUACAAUCAAGGCCAUUCUUUUCUGUGUGAAUGUCCCUUCUCUGUUUUCCUUUGUACCAACAUGGACAAGCCUUCUUGGCCUUAACCCUCUUUGUAGUCUUUUGCACCUUCUCUUUACAGCACCUGGAAAGAACUGAAAAUCCAGCCCAUGGGUGCCCAUUUACCCCAGUAACUGGAUUUAAGCUGCUCUUCGUAGCCAGAGAAAGGAAGAAUUCUUCUGCCAAACAGCUUAGCAUUCCCAGAGAAAGGUAGGGAGGUCUCACAUUUUGCCCCAGACGUCUUCAUUUCCUAGAAGACUUAACAAAUGUGUUUAGAUGUGUUUUAAGCCAUAGAGAUGCAUCCUAGUUUGGAUGCGAAAGCGAGACCUAAGGAUGAAGGGCGUGAACACAGGGACUCUCCAAAGGCUGGUCUCCGCUGUUAUUUUUUUAGGGCUAGGAGGGACUUUUCACUGUUGAUCUUGGUUCUGUUAGUGUUUCCAGCAGCUGUUAUUUAGGAACAUGCGACUAGCGGGUUAGGUGGCACAAGUGUACAAACAAAACAGUUAAUAUCCCGCCUGCAUUCAGUUCCAAACUUCAAUAUCAGGUAUGGAUGGGAAUGAGAGUGGAAAGAGGUCAGCUGGGGACAGAAAGAGGACCAAGGGUCAAAUGUCUCCUAAUGGCAAUUCACCCAUUUGGGUAGGUGGAAGGUAGGAGCAUUUGUGCAAGAGUGGUGACCAGACUACACACUGCAGAGUGCUGACCUUCCUGUACUAAUGGCGAACAUGUUCGCUACCACGUACUAAGGAGGAUUAGGAUACAGACAGUAGCCAGCUUGAAGAGACCAUUAGGGCUGCAGGCAAUAGGGUCCCCAGCAGAAACCACACAGAUGAGCCUUCAGAUACUAUGGUGAUGAGUGCUAUCAAAAACUUUAACAAAAGGUCAAAGGAAGGAGAAAAAUGGGAGCCCAAUUGGACAAUAAUUUGAUGUCCUUUACCAUGACUGCGUCCUAACAGGAAUGCCUGGUUGAAAUAGCAAGGGGGGUAGUUUCUGUGUUUGUGACUGGGGCAGAGGCUGGUCUCUGCAUAGUGCUGUAUUUUAUAAAUAUUUACAUGCAGAUAGUUCAUGUUGGCAGAAACACUUUAAAAGAAAAUUCUUAAACUUUUGCCCAUUUUCACUCCUGCUCGCUUAAAAUCUGCACAUUACUAAAUGUGCAAAAUAAAAACUGGACUAAACCACUGUGGUGAUAAGAGAGAAUGGGUUAGUUUUGGGCUGGUUUUUUCCUCAGCAUAACAAGAGUUUGCUGCUGCUGAAUGUGGCUGCUGUAGUGCUUGUGUCUGCAAGAUGCUACAUAAGUAGCAGUGGGGCUUGGUAGACCAGCCCGUGACUGUGUGUGGAUAGUGGUUCCCAGACACUGCUACAGGAACCAGUGCUAGGGAUUUGUGACUGGUACCACAGGUUUUCCCACACUCUCUAUGCACUGAUUGUGAGAGGAAUUGAGCAGCCCAAGUCCUCACUGACUCCAGCGCUUCUCAUCCUCAAAGUGAACUUCUGUCAUAGGCCAGAUGUGGUGGUUCUGCUCACUCCCCAUUCAACUGUAUCCACUGUAGUAGAGGUCUGGAUUGUUUACUCGUCACGUCCAAGCUUUGUUGCAGGUUAGGAUGGAUAUGGCUUCCUGGCUCAUAUCUUAGUCUGGGUUAGUACAUUUGCCCAAAAAGGUUGCUUCAGCAAUGGGAAGCUACAGGUGCAGGAACAAAGCCAUUACUUGAGAAACUUGGCACUUCCUGUUAACCUGUUUGCUUAGCAGCAUCACCUGCCAGAGAGAUUUGUUGGUUUUGUCAACAGACCGAAGACAGUAGAAUUUUAAUUGAAAACAAGUUUGUUAGUUGAUACAGCAGUUGAGGUGAACUGUGCACUAGCCGCAGGAGCCUCUUAACAAAAUAAAAUGAUUAAGCAUAGUAUGUGCAGUCCCUCCCCCAGUCCUCUUCCCAGUGACCAUCUGUGUCCAAUACAUUAUACAUGGUGGUGAAAAUAUUGUGCCCUUAAAAUCUAAAUAGUUUAAUGCUGAAUUAAUUAGUGUGAUCUUUUUAAUCCCUUAGAAUAUGGCCAGGAUUUUUCCAAAGUAACUAGUGAUUUUAGAUUCCUGGAUUUUUGGUGCCCAACUUCAGAUAUUUGGGAUGAAAUCUUGGCCCCGUUGACGUCAAUGGCAAACUCCUAAUGAUUUAAGGGGGGCCAAGGAUUUUACCACUAAUUUUCAGAGGGUGAGUGCUCCCCACUUGCUGAAAAUUAGGGCCUUUUAUAUAUCAAGAUGGGCACCCACAAUUGCUAGUCACUCUGGAAAAUUGUAACCUGUAAAUCCUAUUCUGUUCCAAUGAUGAUCUGAUGCUUAUAGUUUUGUUUCACUAAAAUGUUACUUACAAAAUGGCAGAUGUAAGUGCAGUAGCCUGAUUGGCUGUUGAAUCCAUAUUGUAAUAUUACAGAGGACCCAUAUUUACCAAAACAAAAAUACAGGAACCACGACACCUAUAGAGUAUCAAUUACUGCCUUUCAUCCACUCGGAAGGGGGCAUUUCUUAUCAUUUCCUGUUAUUUACUGGUUGUGUAGAAGGCCCAGCUGGCCUGUAAAAUGUUGCCCAUUGGCAUUUAGUUAUUUUAAUUUGAAUGCUUCAUCUAUAAAAUUCUGCCAUCCAGGUUUUGAAUUUGUUGUUGGGACAUUUGAUGACAUUGUUGAACAGUUACAAAGUACAGCAAAACAACCCUUUUAAAAUUUGAAGAGAGUGAGAAAUAGGCAAUUUGUACCACCCAAUAUGUGGCAUUCAACGAGGGAAAAACCCAGCUCCCAAAACCAAGGAGUUAAUCUCCAUUUGAAUUACGAAACUAUCACCCCACUUUUUACUGAUGCUUAUUCCAGUGUAUAGUAACUAAAUGUUGCAUUUUGCCUCUUCUUCUUUUACUGUGUUGGUGUUUAGUUUCUAGAUAUCAAACAGGGAUUUGUAAAAUACUUUCUUAUGUCUGGAAUUAAAAUGUGACUAUUGUAAACACAUUGCAGAAGGGUGGCUGGACCACAUGACCACCUUGGUUAUGGAAAUGUAAAUAGAAACUAAUUUACCUUAUUAACCUCAUGGAAGUGAUGGCUCUUAAAGCUCCAGCAUCGAUCUCAAGCGAUUAGCCUGACAGCAGCAGGUUGGAGAGUCUAAACUCUGUGAGUAAUAAUUUCCAUUGAAAUGUUUAUGUAAUAAAUUCCAUAGCUACUUACAUCAUAUGUUCAGUUAUGCCAUAUGCAUGGGGCAUCAGAAUUAGCGUGCAGGAUCUUGGAGACCAAAACCACAGGCCUCUUUACCACUUUAACUAAAGGACUAUGGCUCUGCUAGUAAGAAAGACAGGCAGUAUAAAGCAGUACUUACACAUUAGCCAGUUACAGUACAUACGUAAGUAUGAAUUUCUUCAAAUUGGAGCAUUAGCCUAUGUAGCACAGUAGGACUUUAGUUUGGACUGUUUUCUGAACAAAUAACUCCAGGAAGGAAAAACUUGCUGCUCCAGAAAAAAGACUGGAUAAUAGCCCAGUUCAAAUUUGGGUUUCUUUCCACAAACCUCUUCUUUUCAGUCUUAUUUUCUUUCCCAAUCUCUCCCCUGCCCCACACCUCACUUUUUUGUCUUCAGCACAUUCCUGCCUCUUGCAGGAGAUGCUGUACUAUGCGAUCAUCCUUCCCCUUCACAAGCGGCAUGGGGCUAUAUUGUCAAGUACUAAACGUGCGCUGCUAGACCUCCUAUAGGUUAGGGCAUUCACCUAGCAGCUGUCUCUCUUGACAGCCCAGCACCUUGUCAUAUGAGAUGUCUUAUCAGAACUUCUUGGAUUAGCAGCAAACUCUGUUAGCACUACACUGUCACACCCAAGGCUUUUCACAAAUAGCUGGACAAUAGUACAUUUUUAUUUUUAAAAAAUCCUUGUCGUUAAUGGCCUUUUAAUGAUACAAGUGUAACCCAGUUUAACAGAGAGUAGCAAAGAGCAUGGGUUGCACAAGAAGACUCAUCAGAGGCAUGUUUAAAAAUUCCUAUAACAGAACAGCCAUUUGAAAAUGUGAAAAGCUGGGAGAUACAUUAUGGUCUGCUAAGCUCUGGGAGUUGUUUUCUGGCCCAGAGCAGUCCUCAUUCUACCUGAAUCUUUCACAGGACUUUAGAAAUAGUGCAGGUCCCCUACCCCAAUGCAUUAAAAUUAAAUGACUUUGAUAAGCACACUAGGUUUUUAUGAUUAGAGAGCGAAAUCCAGGCAAUUUGAAGAGUCUGCAUUUGAGACCUGUGAUCUGGAGCACUCGGCAUUAGCAUUUGACACGGGGCAUCAGGAUGUUCCCCUUCAGCUCAAGUGCUGAAGCCCCAUGGAACUGUUCGCGGUAGGGAGCGGGUAUUGCAUAAUGUGGGAGGAAGGUAGGAGUCUUCUGUGAUGUUCCCAGCCAUUUUCCUUUCUGGCUGAGCACUUCACUUCUCUGGUUUCCUCCCACACACACACAACUAAUUACACUUAACUGGACAAACUUAUUUCAAAGUAUGUAAGAAUAUUUUUUAGCGAGACAGUUUUGUUAAAUCAUACUAGCUACUGUAUUUUUACGUUUUAUAUGUAAAGCUUGACAAUAGCUCAAUGUAUAAUUUAUUUUUGUUUUUUUAUAAAGUUCACCCUCCUGCUUCACGACGAUAGCCAAUGUAUAAACUGUAUUAGAGGCACUGCACUGAGCUUCAUAUUGAGUCUGUACAUGGUAACAAGAACUGUGAUUUGUAGUCCACUCAGAAUCAAUCGUGAAUUGUUUUUAUUGUAGUUUUCUCUUAAAUAUACCACAUCUGUGCAAAA